UACAAAUGGUCGGAUGCGACGCAGAUCUCGCUGUCAUUUAGCCAACAGUUGGUUUCCGACGCCCGGUUCUCUGCCUGACCGUCCUUAGCGGCGUUUUUUUCCUUCUCUAGAAAUCGACUCAUCAGUUCCAGUGCCGGUAACCAGCUUCUCUGUUGCUGCCCCACAAAAAAGAGUUGAGGACUAAAGAGAAAGAGGAGAUGACUGGCACGCGGAGGAGACUCGCCGAACUGUCAUGUCUGCUGAUGCUGAUUCACUGCUUGGCGAAGACGGACGGCGCGCUCACAUGCAGCUCUUCUCAGCUGAAGUGUGGGAACGGGAGGUGCGUCACUCGCAGGUGGAUCUGCGAUGGAACAGAUGAUUGUGGCGAUGGGACGGAUGAGCUCCUCUCCACUUGUGCCUCUAAAACCUGCCUGCCGUCACAGUUUAACUGCGGCGCCCCAAUCAACCAGUGUGUCCCUAAAAGCUGGCACUGCGAUGGCAAAGCUGACUGUAGCAACGGAGCGGAUGAGAAAAACUGCACCGUGAAACAAUGCAAAAACGACGAGUUUCGCUGCGCAAACGGCCAGUGCAUAUCCCUCAGUUUCGUCUGCGACAACGACAACGACUGCUCAGAUGGUUCCGACGAGACGACCUGUUCCAAGCCCACUUGUAACCCUCUGUCUUUCCAAUGCAACAACUCUGUGUGCGUGCCUUCCCUGUGGCGCUGUGACGGGGACGAGGACUGUGCCGAUGGAUCUGACGAGUGGCCGGAGACCUGCGGCGGGAAAAAACCAGCAGCUAAAUGCAGCGUCAGCGAGUUUGAGUGCGCGAAUGGGCAGUGCAUCCCUGGCAGCUGGAGGUGCGACGGAGGCAUUGACUGCGAUGAUCGGUCCGAUGAGCUCAACUGCAGUCGCCCUGUUUGUCUGGAAGGCCAGUUCCAGUGUGGUGAUGGUUCUUGCCUGCAGGGCAACCUCAAGUGUAACUCGGUACGCGACUGCAGUGAUGGCAGUGAUGAGACUGACUGCUCCACAGCAUGUGAUGCUCCAUCGGAGUUCAAGUGUAGCAGUGGGGAGUGCAUCAGCAUGGAAAACGUGUGUGACAAGACAAAAGACUGCAGUGACGGAUCUGAUGAGCCUGAAAGCUCAUGUGGCAUCAAUGAGUGUUCAACGGCAAACGGCGGCUGCUCUCACCACUGCAAUGACCUGAAGAUCGGCUUCAACUGCUCCUGCCCCGCUGGUUACAAACUAAAAGCAGACCAGAGAAACUGUGAAGACAUUAAUGAAUGUGCUGAAGCCGACACAUGCAGCCAAAUUUGCAUCAACCUGCCUGGCAGCUACAAGUGUGAUUGCGAGUGGGGCUACAAGAUUGACCCUGUGAGCAACACAUGCAAAGCUGAAUCAGGAACUGUGCCCGCCCUGCUCUUCACCACCAGGCACGAUGUGAGGAAGAUCUUAGUGGACCAUAGCGAGUAUGUCCAGGUCAUCCCUGGCCUGAAAAACGCUGCGGCUCUGGACAUGGACAUGGCUCAGAAGACCCUCUACUGGUCUGACGUGUCUCUGAAGAAGAUAUUCAGGUUAAACUUGGCUGACAGCUCCUCCAAGCCUGUCACAGUCAUUGACAGUGGGAUUGAGACCCCAGAGGGUAUUGCCGUAGAUUGGGUCCACGGCAACAUCUACUGGACUGACAGCACUUUGAAGACGAUCUCUGUGGCGAGCACUGAUGGCACCAAGAGGAAAACCCUUAUUAGAGAGAACCUGGAUAAACCAAGAGCCAUCACCAUAGACCCAGUCAAUAACUUCGUGUACUGGACAGACUGGGGACAUCACGCCAAAAUCGAGAAGAGUGGUCUAAAUGGAGCCGGUCGUGUUGCCUUGGUAACAGAAAACAUUGUGUCGCCCAAUGGCAUCACUCUUGACAUGGUCAACCAGCGUCUGUACUGGGUGGACUCCAAACUGCACACGGUCUUCAGCAUUGAUGUGAAUGGAGGAACCAGACACAGGGUCGUUGUUAUCAACCAAAGGCCCUCUCAUCCUUUUUCACUGACCGUCUUUGAGGACAAAGUGUUUUGGACGGACACUGGUUUGCGGGGCAUUUACAGCGCCAGUCGUCUCACAGGAAGAAACCUCACCCAGAUUGCUGGAGACCUGGAUCAUCCAGAGGACAUCAUCCUUUACCACAACCUCAAGCAGCCCAUCGGCAUCAACUGGUGCAACAGUGGGAAAGACAGCUGUGAGUUUCUGUGUCUCCCUGCUCCUCAAGCCAACACAACCUCCCCUAAAUACAGCUGUGCCUGUCCUGACGACAUGAGCCUGGGUCCCGACAUGAGGUCAUGUGUGACAGGCUCAGCAGACAAAAACAGAAAUCCACUCCCAUCUGUGACCCCCACCAAGCCCGUCCCAGUUGACAAGACUACAACCACCACCGUCGCUAAUAAAGGACCUGCAUCUACCUCAUCUGUGCGGAGCACACAGGUGCCGUCCGCCAAUGCCCAAGGUAACAGACAGUUUGUGACUCCUACGGAGGCCCCUACAUCGUACUCUUCUACUCUCGUCGUCGUUUUGUCUAUCAUGCUCGUGUCCCUGCUGGCCAUGGGAGCUUUGUUUCUGUGGAGGCGCUGGCGUGUGAAGAACACCAACAGCAUCCACUUCGACAACCCCGUGUACCAGAAAACCACAGAGGACGAGGUGCACAUCUGCAGGAACGGCUCUGACGGCUUUGUUUAUCCUCCGAAACAAGUGGUAUACACGGACGAAAUGGAUUUGGCAUAAACAGAAAAACGAAGAGCCCAGCGACAGACUGGCGGACGUGUCCAGGGUGUUUCCUGCCUCCACCCAGGACUGGCUGCCAUAGGCUCCGGCAGCCCUGUGACCCCAAAGAGGGACAGAACGGGUUUAGACGAUGAAUGAAUGAAUGAAACAAAGAUUUUUUCCCCCUCUGUGUCUCUGGGCCUUGCUGCUCUGCCCUUUCUCUCCAAACUUGUUUUGAGGUUUUCGUCACUGACCGCAGCACUGUGCCGUUCAAGACUGCUAACAGGCCUCCUCUGAGCCCCCAGCAUGGUAGAAUGAAGCAGAACUACUUCACGAUGAAGAAUUACCGCCCCUGCAUGGAUGUUCUCUUCCUGUCAGGGCUCUGAAGCUGUGGAUGCUAUUUGAAGAAUGUUGAAAUGUUCUUGCUGAGAUGCACAUGCUUCCUACAAGUGUCUCAUCAAGCCGUUCCUUUGACUCAUGCUUUCGUAAUGCUCAAGUGUGCCUUGUAGCCUCACGGGUGAAGCUUUGCACAAAAAAGCCCUAUUGAUUUCUGUGCCUUUCCAAAGCCACUGCAGGCAGCUUAUUCUUACUGGAAGAUCAGGGUUGCACAUUUGCUUGACUCCUAAAUCAAAAGCUUUUAUUUUUUUUCUCUCAAUAUUGUGUCUUGAAUAAAUUCUUUUUUUGAAUGCUUUUAUUUUGUAAGUCACAGACGGUUUACAUUUUAUCUGCUGAGCUUUAUGACUACAACCAAAAUGAAGAAAAGGUUCCUGUCUAAAGUGAAGAUAUAGUACAUACAAUGACUUCCUAAAAACUGUAAAUAGUUUCUGUAAAUGUUUUGUAAAAAUUCUUUCCUGGAUUGUUUUGGUUUUAUUUUUUACUUGUGUAAGUUUAAUCAAAACUGUGUAAAUAUCUGAUAUAGUCUUCUAUUUAUUUAUGGAAAGUUCUUGAAUGUUAAUAGUAUAGAAGUUGAAUCUAAUGCACAUCUUUCAAAUUAAAAGCUGGGUUUUUGUUUUCCUGAAAGCCUGUUCACCCAGUAUAUUAUCAUGCAGCUGUUAUUUAACUUACCUUAAUGAAGCCUUUCAACAGCCCACAAAGGGUUGUGUUUAACUUGUUCACAACUGUGCCUGGUUAAAACCCUCCUUUGUUCCAGGUUCUUCAUUCUUGUCUUAGAUAAUUCAUUUUGCGUCCUUUGUUCUGUUUCUUUUGUUUCUGUUACUGAGAGUUUUUUUUUUUUAAUGUGGAAUUAAUAAGGAGAAAUGUCUUUUAGAGACGUUUGUUCUCCUUCACUGCAGAAGUAAUGUUCACGUUUGCUAUAGGUUGAUGUCCGGCAAACUGGUUUUUAAGUUGCACUGUAUUUUUUUGUUUGUUUUUACUUUGAAAUGACUCUUAUGUUGAAUAAAAGACUCUAACUGUAAA